AAAUAAGUAGGAAAUAUUAUCCCCCCUGUUUCAAAAGAGAAACCCUUAAACGUACUUUGAUUCGAUUCCCUCAUUUUGCAGAGCCGAGAGAGAUGGUGGUUACCAAAGAGAAGGUCGAAUCUUUGCUUACUGCUAAACUUGUUCCUUCACAUCUGGCAGUAACUGACAUAUCUGGAGGAUGUGGUGCAAGCUUCGAAGUUGAGAUUGUUUCAUCAAAGUUUGAAGGCAAAAGGUUGCUGGAGAGGCAUCGAAUGGUUAAUGAUGCACUCAAGGAAGUGUUGGGAGACAUCCAUGCUCUCUCCAUAACCAAAGCUCAGAAGCCUGAUUCACCCACACCGCCAAUCAAACCCCAACAAGAAGCUCAGAAGCCUGAUUCACCCAAACUGCCUAUCAACCCCGAGCGAGAAGCUCAGAAGCCUGAUUCAGCCAAUCCGCCCAAACCUCAGCAAGAAGCUCAGAAGCCUGAUUCACCCAAACCGCCAAUCGAACCCCAGCAAGAAGCUCAGAAGACUGAUUCACCUACACCGCCAAUCAAGCCCCAGCGAGAAGCUCAGAAGUCUGAUUCAUCCAAACCGCCAAUAGAAGCCCAGCAAGAAGCUCAGAAGACUGAUUCACCCCAGUGAUAAAUAAGCUCAGGAGCCUGAUUCAUCCAAACCGCCAGUCAAAUCCUAGUGAGAAGCUGAGAAGCUUGAUGCCCUCACCUAUCAAACCAUAAAACCUCUAGUCUGUUUCUUUUGGAUGUUAAAUUCUCAUAUGUAUAUUUUUAACCAAAAAACAACACUCCAUAUUUAUGAUAGUUGAAAUUAAAAUCCUGAAGCUGUUUACAUUGUAGAAAAAACCUAAGGUAAGCCUAAUAUCUCGAAGUAAUAAGAUACUUUCAUGUUUAAUAAUAAUAAUAAUGAACUUUUACUAAUCA